AUGCCGGAUGAGCUGACCGAGCCCGGGCGCGCCACGCCGGCCCGCGCCUCCUCCUUCCUCAUCGAGAACCUGCUGGCAGCUGAGGCCAAGGGCGCGGGGCGUGCAGCCCAGGACGAUGGCGCCCGCGAAGAGGAGGAGGACGACGACGAGGACCCCGAGGACGAGGACCCGCAGACGCUGCGGCGGCGGCUGCAGCGGCGGCGACAGCUGCGCGCGGGCAGCGGCCCGGGUGGGGAGGCGAGGGCCCGGGCGCUGGGCCUAGGUCCCCGGCCGCCUCCCGGGCCUGGGCCGCCCUUCGCGCUUGGCUGCGGAGGCGCGACGCGGUGGUACCCACGGGCGCAUGGCGGCUACGGAGGUGGCCUGAGUCCUGACACAAGCGACCGGGACUCUCCUGAGACGGGCGAGGAGAUGGGCCAUGCAGAGAGCGCCUGGCCGCGGUGCCCAGGGCCCGGAGCCGUGCCGCGGGAGGUGACGACGCAAGGCCCGGCGGCCGGCGGGGAGGAGGCGGCGGAGCUGGCCGAGGCCCCGGCGACGGCGGCGGCGGCAGCGGCGGGGGAGGCGCGCGGCGGCCGCAAGAAGAAGACGCGCACGGUCUUCUCGCGCAGCCAGGUCUUCCAGCUCGAGUCCACCUUCGACCUGAAGCGCUACCUGAGCAGCGCGGAGCGCGCGGGCCUCGCCGCCUCGCUGCAGCUCACGGAGACGCAGGUCAAGAUCUGGUUCCAGAACCGCCGCAACAAGUGGAAGCGGCAGCUGGCGGCCGAGCUGGAGGCGGCCAGCCUGUCCCCGCCGGGCGCGCAGCGCCUGGUCCGCGUGCCCGUGCUCUACCACGAGAGCCCCCCGGCCGCCGCGGGGCCCGCGCUGCCCUUCCCGCUGGCGCCGCCCGCGCCCGCGCCGCCGCCGCCGCUGCUCGGCUUCUCCGGCGCGCUGGCCUACCCGCUGGCCGCCUUCCCGGCCGCCGCCUCGGUGCCCUUUCUCCGCGCGCAGAUGCCGGGCUUGGUGUGA